GCCGUUGUUGAUAUGAAAAGAGUUGGUUUCCCUUCAACCGUAGGGCAGCUUUAAGAGUGCUUGACAGUUUAAACAAAUUUCAGACUUUUGACAAUACUUCUAUGUGUUUACAGAAUUUCGGUUUUGAACAUGGAAUUAUCUGCUCUCAUAAAGAAAACAGGCCAUCAGCUGGUAGAAAUUAGAGUACGGGCACUCAAAAACAUAAAAUGCAAACUAGAUCACGGCUUAGUGUCUGUUCCUGACCUUGUACAAGAAAAAAUGCUGUUCGUGUGCCUACUUGAGUGGUUUAAUUUCCCAGAAGUGCCGAUGCAGGGAGAGGUCCUGGAACUGUUGAGCACUUUAGCAAAACACCCCACUGCUGCACAGAUGCUCAGGGAUGUGGGAGCAGUGGAAUUCCUGACCCAGCUUUCUCCAAAUGUGGAGCCACAGUUGCAAGCUGUUAUCGAUGGCAUCCUGGAUCAGCUGUUCCAGCUCCCUGAGCUGCUUCCACAGUUUCCAGCUGUCUUAUCCCAUGGACAACAGCUGGCAUCUGCUCAUAAUUCAGGUGCUUUUGUUAACCUGGAAGAGGAGUCACCAGUGAUUGGAUAUUUUCAGAAAAGUGCAUGCAAGCCUGGGCACUUAGAUAUCCCUCCACAAAGAGUAGCAGUCCAGGAUUCAGCAAGAUGCUUGAAGUUUUCUAAUUUUCCUUGGUUGGCUUUGACCACGACAGAUCUACAUAUUUUGUCAUCCAAUGAAAGCUCUCUCAGAAGUAGCAACCGCAACUUAGUUCGGACCACUUGUGAGCUCCUGCAGGAUGUCAUUAUGCAGGACUUCCCGGCAGAAAUAUUCCUUCAACGACCGAGCAUAGUCCAUAAUCUUUUCUCUCUGCUGAAGCUGGGCAGAAAUGACGCCAACCACUUGAUGCUUCAUGCGGUUGCCUGCCUGCAGCAGCUGUGUACAAAUCUUAGGAGCCGUCUUCGCUUUCACAGAGAUCCCGGCUUCUACUCAGCCAAGCAAGAUACGGUGUCGCAGAAUUCGUCAAUGUCCUACUCCCAGGACGUCCGUGGAACCCACCAGUCUCUGGUGUCCUCCGCGGACGAGUGCAGUCCCAGGCCAUCUGUGGUUGGCCGGACAGGGCAGAGAGCCCGAGGGGAUGGGCAGGAUGGAGACGCUGCCUCGUCCAGCGGCAGCAGCUCUCACAGAGGCCCUGCCUCCAGGCCACCCCCGCAGUCCCCCCUGGACACGGCCCAUCUGGAGCUUCCUGAGAUGGAGGGCGAGGACGUGCUGGAGCUGCAGCUCCAGCAGCUGAGCCUGGCUCAGUUCAGCGCGGCCGUCGUCGAGCACGCCCUGCCUCUCCUCAAGACAGAGAGAAUGAAGGUCUUCCUGAGUGUCCUGGAGCUGCUGUCAGAGUCUCUGCUGCUGCUGAGAGACAGCGUGUCUGAGCAGGUGUGGGAGGACAGCAGCCUAAUUGGACAGGAGCUGAAAGAAAAGCUACAGGGAUCCAUGGAUUCUUUAGGAGACAUUUUGUGCUAUCACAACACCCGUUCCUCUGAGCAGCCUGAGACUGCAUUGGUUUACCACAGAUUGGCAUACGUGGGUGCUGCGAUCUUCACCGUCCGUCUGCUUCAGACUCUCCUCCCUGUAGAAAAGGCAGGGGAAAAUGUUCCAGAGAACACAGGGGGGGCCCUCUUCCUCCUCUGCAUGGACUCAUCCUUCAGUGUGGGUUUCCCCAGUAUUCAUGAGUCUGCUGUGGCCUACCUGGAGCAAGUCAACCCCGACAACCACAGAGUCUACACAAGGGUGACCCAGGCAGCACAAGCAAUGGAGUCUACCUGCACCUUCCUAAAAGAAGUACACUCUGAGGGAGAAAAGAAUUGGUCAGAACUCUUGGAGCUGGCAGAUCAAGCUAUAUAUGGCCUUCCAUAUCAUCAACACCUGCCAGUUGUGAAGGAGUGCAUACAGAUUUGCUCCUACCUGUGGAAAUUUGCACAGGCCAGUCCACUGCUUCAGUCAGAAAGCCAGAAGAUGUUUCUGAAGCUUUUGUCCCACCCUCUGCAGGCUGUGAAGACUGACACUUACAUUUGCACCCUGAAUAUUGUGAAGGAUUGCUUGGGAGUUCACAAUGUCAAGCAACCAGUGUCAUCCAUCUGUAAUGGAGUGAACUUUGUCCUGCAUCCGCGUGUCCUCUAUGAAAUCUGUACAUUUGGUAUUCAGGAUCAAGCAGAGAAGGUGACUUCUGCUGCCAGGGAUAUCCUUCUCUUUCUUCUGAAAGGGCAAUUGAUGAUGACAGCUUCAGCUUGGAACAAAUUGAUUGAGGCGGUUUACCCAGUCAUCCCCAUUUUACAGAGUUAUGCAGGCACUGAAGACGCGUUAGGAAACUGUAUCCUGCUGAUAAGUGAAGCCUCAAACGAAACGAGAGAUGGAAUGUUUUCAAGCACUACCAGACUGAGGGCUGCUAUCCGACUGCUCUUCACAAAGAAGCCAGCGGUUCGGGCCACUGCAGUGCAGCAUCUUUUGCCUCACCUGACGAACAGGGAUGGGCGCAUUGCACGACCAGUUUUAGAGCAUGGUGUUGUGGCCACACUGCCAUCCUUGUACGUUGUGAAUAAGGCGAUCGACAUAAAGCUGGAUGAUUCACAUAGGUCACUGCUGAAGGUGGAGUCGGUGAACAGGCUCUACAAUAUCCUCACAUCGGAGACGGUUGACCUGGUUCUCCGGAGAUCUGCAGCAGAACAACUGGCUGUUGUUUUGCAGGAUACAGCAAUGCAUGCUGUUCUGAAGAGUCUGGGAUUGUCGGAAACUGUGACAUUUUUCAUUAAUGACUGUGUGAACAACAACAUGAAGAAUAUGGACUGCCUGUUGGAGCCCUGCUUCUCUAUACUAAGAAAGCUUGUUUGUGCUGAGUCUUCUCUGCGCCACACCCUGGCACAGAAACCUGCCUUCCUCAUCACGCUUCUGAGAGCUUCAGUGAUAGUGAAGGAAAAUAAAGGCGAUGUGUCUGAAGCUGCCGCUCUGAUGUGCUUGCUGCUGUUUGAUGAAAUUGCAAGAACUGAUGUGUGGACAGACAAUUCUGAUGCCCGUGCUGUUCCCACUCCGUUCUCAAUCCCCAUAUCUGUGACAAGGAGGUAUAACCUGCCAUUUCAAGCCAUGUCCCACCACGCGGUCAGCCCACACUGCACCGUGCUGCCGCCGUACUCAGACCUGCUCGGUCUGAAACCGGCCUGGGAGAUGCUGCAGUUUGCCUGGAGCCAAGCAUGGCAUGCUGGCAUUGAUAACCUAAUAGAGCAGCUGAAGGGCCACAGAAGUGACAUCGCAGAGUUCCUUGCUGAUUUAAACCUGCCUGCCGCCCGGGGGCCUCUGUUGAAAGUAACCCAUAUCAGCAGUGGUCUGCAGGACUGUCUAGACUCUAUUCACAACGCUGCCUCCCACAGUGCCGUCAGCUCUGCUCUCACUAGAAUGAGGUUCUACCUGCUUACCGACCGACUGGCCCUCAAACUGGGCUCCGACAGCUCCAAGGCCGUCCUGAAGACUCUCAGGUGGCAACCUGCCGUUGAGAGGUUUCUUCAAGUUCAGCCAGCUUGUACAGAAGAUGAAAGGCUUCUGGUGGACCUAGUGGCCUUUCUCAACACAUUUUUCAAACAGCAGAAGUCGGAGGCUGAUGAAACUGACCUGCGGUGGAUAUUAGAGUUACUUCUUAAGCAGGAGAGGAGCGCCCUGCUGCGCCUGCUGGUGCGGGCAGAGGCUCCGGCGCAGGGGGAGCUAGAGGAGGCCCAGGUCCUCGUCAUCCAGAGACUGCAGAAGGAGCUGACAGCACUCUUCAACACUUUGCUGCACUGCCUCACGCACACCUCUGACAGGAUGUGUUUGGCCCUGGCAGGGCCUUUCGAGACCCAGCUGGCUGCGGGUCUGCUGCAGUGCUUGAGAGUGUCUGACGCGCCUCACUUCUACGGCCUCCCCUCCCUGGAGAGGACGCUGAGGGGGAUGGUCCAUGUCACCGCCCUCCCCGGGUGGAGCUCUCACUCCCGCACUCUGGACUCGCGCUCCCUCUGCGCCAAGUACCUGAGUGGGCUCCUAGAGGUCAUAUCCUCUUUCUAUGUGGAAUGGGGAGGGAACUCGAUGUCUUUCAUGGGAAAAGGAGUCACAAAGAAUGCAGUCCUGUGUUUGCUCCAUUUGUCUCAUGAAAUGAUGUCAGAGAGCAAGGAUGCGGAUUGGAUGUCACUCUGGUCUCUGUCACAUGACCAGAGCACAGAUGAGCAGGCAGCAUCACAUCUGGGCUUGGCUUGGCUCAUUCCAUUAUGGGUGGACAGGGACCCUGAGGUGAGGUUUGCAAGCCUCGGCGUGGGCUCUGCUUUAACCUCGGUGCAGGGUGGGUGCAUCUCCCUUGCUGCCAGCUGCCAGAACAUUUCUGGAGGGUUAUGGGGGACACUUUUGAACAUCCUCAUGGACCAGCAGGAGUGCAGUAUGGUUCGCAGAGAGGCAGCCUUUAUUUUGCAAAAUCUGCUUGUGAUGCCAAUGCCUGUCAACACAGAGGAAGCCAAAGACUGCACUUGGCAGGGUCCAUGUGUGCAUGAUGAAGGCUCUGGCUUGUCUCUAGUCGGGCUGCCGGCUCUACAAGCACUUCUUUAUCAUUGUCAGUUCUUUGAACACGUCGGCCAAAUGAUCAGAUCCUGCUACCAGGGCAGGUACACGUUUGACCUGAACUUUCCCAGAGCUCCUAGUCGUCUUGGCAGCAUGACAGAAGAUUUUGAUGACUCUGUGAAGCACUGGAGAGAUCCCUCAGGGCCAUUAAACCAGGGCCAUGCGUCAGGCUCUCAGUCUACUUCCAGCACUGUGAUCCUUCCUGAAGGGUCUGCUGAAAUCCCCACACCUGCCCUCUCAGCUUCCAGGGUCCCUGUUCCACACACUCCUGCCAGCAGACUCGUGGCUCAAGGUCAGAGCGAUACAAGCGACUCUGUGAGUUCCCAGGACUCUCGAGCUGGAGAGCAGCCAUUGGACCAGUGCGCUGUUGUAACCCCUCACCUCGCCUCCUCUGUCAGCGGGCUGCUGACCAACCUGCUGGCCGUCCUGCCAGAGUUCACCCUCAAUGCCAUCCAGCACAAUCAGAUCCUGGCGGCCUUUGCCAGUCUGAUUGAUGCUGGAACAAUAGACCAAUCCCUGUGUGAGUUAAAGACACCCGCUCUGCCUCCUGGUGAUAAGGAAGACGCUAAAAACCAGGUGCUGAGCCUUAUUCAGUUCCUGGCCAGCAUUUCCAAAUUACUUCAGUCAGCUGUCAUCUUAAACCCAGAGUUGGUCUCUCAACUGGAGUUUAUCAAGCCCCUGUUGGCCAACGUGUUUCAUCUCCUUACACUCAAUAUCAAAGACAUUGAUGCCGGGACCAGAAGCUCGGUGCUUCACACCUGGGCCGAGUUGUUUAUGCUCCUGGCUACGCUGCUGAGGAUGAACAGCGCCGUGGUGUUCCCAUCUGUCGCUGGCGCUCUAGGAAAGCACUGGCAGCCAUUUUCAGGCACCGUCUCCAUCUGUGUCCAGCUCUCCGCCACAGAGCCCGCACUGUACAGCGCCGUCCUGCAGUUUCUCACUGUAGUUCUGUCUGAGGAGGCCAGGAGGCGCUCUCAGGACAUCACCCAGCCCAGUAACCCAGCACCAGCCACGGCCUUAUCUGCGCUCCUGAGCGACUCCCCGGGACGUCAUCUGUGUGAAGUCAUACUGGAGUGCUUUGAGAAGCAAACAUUUCAAGAUCCUCUGAAGAAAGUUACGGCAAGAGCUCUCAUGUCUCUGCUUGCGAGCAGUCCGAGUGCACAAAGCCAUGCCCUGAAAGUUGGCCUGAUUGACAGCUCAGUGGAGCAAAUGAAGCACAUCUAUGCACAGCUCCACAUGGAAUCCUUAAAAUCUGGAAAAGCGCCACAAAAGAAAAGGGAGGAGAGCUGCAUGAGAGAGUUAAAAAUGGUUAUGCAAAUACUCAGAAAUGCCAUUUUUAAUCACUGUGAAUGCAAAACUGCAGCGACUGACUCCCGCUUGGCGCACGCUGUGCAUGCCGUCUGGCCGUGGCUUCUGCUGGAUGACCCCGGAAUGGAGGCAGCUCUGGAGCUACUCUGUGUCUAUACAGCUCAUUGUACCACAGCUUGCAGCUCACUUUGCUGGAACACUGCAGGACAGGGCUCUUUACCACGAGGCCCAGCAAGCAACUCCUUGAUGCACAGUGUCAUGAAGUUGGCCACCCAUGUAGCCCACGAAAACGGCACCGUUCAGCAACUGGCCUUCUCUCUGCUUGCCAACCUUGCCAUAUCCCGUGACUGCAAAGGGGUCCUACAGAAGAGCAAUUUUCUCCAGUAUUUCCUGUCGCUGCCUCUUCCAAAACCAGGGUCAAAGAGCCCUAAUCUGCAAAUGAGUUUGUGGUUGAAGGUGCUGCUGAACUUGUCCUAUUGUGAAGAUGGCCAGCAGAUCAUAGUGAAGAUGAAUGGCAGUUUGGAGCUGCUGGCUGAAAUGUCACAAUACAGACGCCACAACAGCAAACCGGCUGCUCUGCUCAUUCUGCACAACAUCUGCUUCAGUUCUGCAAAUAAACCCAAAGUCCUGGCCAGCGAUAAAACAGUCGGGAUUUUGGCAUCUUGUCUGGAGAGCAAGCAGCUCGACAUUCGUGCGAUUGGAGCAGCAGCUCUGUGGGCACUCCUGCACAAUAAUCAGAAGGCAAAGGUGACUUUGAAGUGUCCCUCUGUCAGAUUUAAAGUGGAUGAGGCGUAUAGCUCAACUAAAAAAGAAGUGGAACACAGCAAAGGUGAACCCCUGAAAUUGUAUCUACUGAAGUGCCUUGAAAACCUGACUCAUCUCUUAAAUAACUGAAUAUUUCAGAAAGAUGGAGAAUUA